AUGAACCAACUAUCAGAGAAACGGGAUCCAAACAAUCUGGACGCCUGGAUCCUUGGCAGUGGGAUCGCCUCUCUAACAGCGGCAGUACAUCUCAUUCAAGAGGCUAGUGUUCCACCCUCACGGAUCCAUAUCCUCGAACGAUUGGAGUUUGCUGGAGGGGACUCUGUCACCUCUGGCGAUUCAGUCAAUGGUUAUCACUACCAGGCUGGUUCCAUGCCAUCCCUCAAUGAUAGUUGCAUGGAGCGGCUUUUUUCGCUGGUACCCUCGAAGACGGACCCAAAUAAGACCGUCCUAGACGAAAUGAUUGAAUUCAACCACUCACAACCACCUGGCAAAACCCCCCAUACAAGAUUUCUCGUCCGAAAACCUUCCUGCAUGGAACAGCAAAACGGUAAAAACAUUGGGCUGGGACUAAGAGACCACAUGGAUCUGGUCACGCUGGGUUUCAAAUCGGAGAAGACUCUAUCGCGAUCUCGUAUUAGUGAUUAUUUCCACAAAGGCUUUUUCGAGAGCAAGUACUGGCUGUUAUUAGCGACAACGUUCGGUUUCCAGCCAUGGCACAGCCUCGUGGAAUUCCGUCGAUAUGUACAGGGGUUCAUGAAAGAUACCCACAAAUUAGAUCAUCCGCGCCAGCUCGACGUCGGUCGCUACAACCCCCACGAGGCUAUUAUCGAACCAGUAGCUCAUUUCCUGGUGUCUCGUGGCGUUGACUUUCGUUUUCGCACGACUGUGACGGAUAUCGGUAUCGAGCCAUCACACCAACAGGUGUCCACCAUCUGCGCUGUCAAGGACAAUGAAACGGAGAGAAGAAUUGAAGUCGGGCAGCAGGAUAUUGUCGUCGUAUCGGCAGGCUCAGUGAUGUCUGGCGCAACUACCGGGACGAACAACUCCCCACCAUCACUUGAGUUGAUAGAGAUCGAUCAGGACCUGGACGAGAACUGGCUCUUGUGGCUAGGGCUGUCGACAAAAGAUUCGAAAUUUGGCAACGCAUAUAACUUUUGCACUCGUAUGUGUGAAUCCCGACAAGAGUCAUUCACUGUGACGCUCAAAAAUACGCGAUUCUUUGAGAGUUUCAUCCAGCUGACAGGUGACGAGCCGGGCACUGGGACAUUUGUCACUCUUCAAAACAGCAACUGGUUGCUAAACCUCUACCUGCCGCAACAGCCCAUGUUUUCUGACCAGCCGGUCGACGUGCAGGUGUUCUGGGGCUACGCGGCAUUCCCAGAGAAAGAAGGGGACCAUGUCAGGAAGCCAAUGCUCAAGUGCUCCGGCAAGGAAAUUAUGACUGAGAUUUUGCACCACCUCCAAUUCCCGAGCGAGAUACUCCAGGACUCGAUCACCAUCCCCUGUGUGAUGCCUCGUAAGUCGGCGCCUCUGUUGCGGCGGGACAAUUACGACAGGCCUGCAGUCAUUCCAGACGGAAUGAAGAAUAUGGCCAUGAUCGGACAGUUCGUCGACAUUCCUGAUGAGAUGUCUGUUAGUAUGGGCUAUUGCGUACGCGGAGCACAGAUAGCGAUAAAUUAUCUCAUGGGUCUAGAACGUAGAUAG